UGAAUACUCACUCUCUUUCUAAAAGUUUGUAUCCGAUCAAACAUCACCAUAUAAUGAAACAGAGUACUUGAGUGGUUUAUAUAAUCAUUGGUGGCCUAAAAUACCUUCUUUUCUUCUAUUGUCUGAUUGUAGCAUUAUCCGCGGUAGGAACUGCAAUAGCUGUUACGUGCUGCUUGAUAUGCUGCUUCCGAUAUAGGAAAUCAUGCGACCCCUGUGUUUCAUUGACAAAUAAGGCAGAAAGAGAAGAUCAGAAUGUUGAGGCCAACUUGAGGCAGUAUGGAUCACUAGCUCCAAUGGCACAUAGCUAUUCAGAGAUUAGAAAAAUGACAAAUUCCUUCAAAGAGAAACUUGGAGAAGGGGGUUAUAGAGGGGUCUACAAAGGCAGCCUUAAUGGUCAUCCCGUUGCUGUAAAGAUCUUAAAAGAAAGUAACGGGAAUGGAGAAGAAUUCAUUAACGAAGUUGCAAGCAUCAGCCGAACUUCUCAUGUCAACAUUGUUACUCUAUUGGGAUUUUGUUUGAAUUGGUGGGAAAAAGCUCUUAUUUAUGAAUUCAUGCCAAAUGGAUCUCUUGAUAAACACAUAUACGAUGAAGAUUCUAAAUUGGGAUGGGAAAUGUUGUACAAACUUGCACUAGGGAUAGCUCGAGGACUGGAAUAUUUGCAUAGAGGGUGCAACUCACAAAUACUGCAUUUUGACAUAAAACCUCACAAUAUUAUUUUGGACGAGGACUUUUGUCCCAAGAUAUCUGAUUUCGGUUUAGCAAAACUAUGUACUCGAAAAGAGAGCCUAACAUCCUCACUAGAAGCCUGAGGAACUAUCGGUUACAUAGCUCCAGAGUUGUUCUGUAGAAAUUUUGGUGGAGUGUCACACAAGUUUGAUGUUUAGAGUUAUGGAAUGAUGGUUCUCGAAAUAGUCGGGGGAAGAAAGAACUACAGUGUUGAAAGAAGCCAUCAUAGUAAAAUAUAUUUCCCACGUUGGGCUUAUCAACGAAUUUUGCUAGAGAAAGACCUAAAUAAACGAGACACGAUGACCAAUGAAGAAGAACCGAUUGCCAAAAAAAUGACAUUAGUGGGUUUGUGGUGCAUUCAGACCGACCCCUCGCAAAGGCCAGCUAUCGGUAAGGUAAUUGAAAUGUUAGAAGGUGAUUUGGAGGCCUUGCGAAUCCCACCAAAACCUUUCAUUUGUUCUCCGUCAGGAUCAGAAGGAUUGCCAAUGCCCACUUUGGAUCUACCUGCAACAAAGCCCUUCUUAAAUUCUCCUUUGAGUACAACGGUUGAGUCUACAUCCUUGGAAAUAGUAUAGUUUGCAGAUGAGGUUUUUGGACAAUACUUUGGUACAACAUUGGAAUAUACCAAUUAAAUAUUAGUUAUAAAAAUGGAGGAAAUUCCACUUAAAAGGUUAAAAUUUGGUUAUUUAUUUUCUUAAUUAACUAUUUAACUUUUGCAUGAGAGAAAAGAGGAGAAGGGGAUUUUGUAGUCUGUGUUGAGGCUUAGUUUAAUUUACUAAUUGAUGUAUUAUGCUAAUUCUUGACUUGGAGAAGAAACUAAUGACAGACUACUUCUGAACUACCCUAAGAACAGAGUACCUCUUUUUACAUUGUGCUUGCAUCCUAUGCAUAUUCUCUCUCUCACAAACGUUCCUCUAGUUUGUGAAACCGCUUUAAACUCCAUGUUUGUGAAUCCGCCUACAACUACCACCUAAAUGCUUUCAAGAGCAUGCUUCUCAUAUGAGUAUUUUUUUUUUUUUUUGUCAUUUGAGAAUAUUCAGUUUUAGUGAGAGUUUGCUUGUAUGUUCUUAAUCUUCUUUUGAUAUAGACAUAUUUUAAGAUAUUUUAGUUGAAGUUAUUUUCUGUAAAAAUAAAGUAUUUAGUUUUUGCUAAUAUCCCGUUAUUAGAAAUGAGGGAGUCAAAUCUGCUAUGAAAUUCAUGUAUUUUGGGUUUCAAGACACAAAAAUCAAAGGCUGAAGAAUCUUAUUGGUAUUCUCCAGCAACUAAUUCCUUUUUCGAUGAUUUGGCAUGAUAAAUCAUGAAGAUAAUGUUGUU